AAGGUUACAUUGGCCUUGUCUUAAUACUUUGCAGUAACUCAGAUGUUUUGGAAUAACUUUUUGGAAAAUCAAGACUUUUUACAUUCUACAACUCUCCUCAUGUUGAAACACUGAUGUUCAACUCUAUUUUUUAUCUUAUAGGGGCUGGGUGCGGUGGCUCACACCUGUAAUCGCAGCACUCUGGGAGGCCGAGGCAGGUGGAUGCUUGAACUCAAGACCACCCUGAGCAAGAGCAAGACCCUGUCUAUAAAAAUACCCAGGUGUUGUCACAGGCACCUGUAGUCCCAGUUACGUGGGCAGCUGAGGCAAAAAAAAUCAUUUGAGCCCAAGAGUCUGAGGAAAAUGUCUGAAGAAUUUUCGUUGGCAGAUGCACUGCCCGAACACUCCCCUGCCAAGACGCCCGCUGUGAGCAACGCCAAGCCUGGCCAACCUCCCCAAGGCUGGCCAGGUCCCAACCCCUGGAACAGCCCCAGUGCUCCACCUUCUGUGCCAGCCGGACCCCCACCAAGUGCAGCGCCCUCCACUGUGCCUUUUGGACCAGCGCCAGCAGGAAUGUAUCCCUCUGUGCCUCCCACCGGACCACCUCCAGGACCCCCAGCACCCUUCCCUCCUUCUGGACCAUCAUGCCCCCCUCCUGGUGGUCCUUACCCAGCCCCAGCUGUGCCAGGUCCCACAGGGCCAUAUCCUACACCAAAUAUGCCCUUCCCGGAGCUACCUAGACCAUACGGUGCACCCACAGAUCCAGCUGCAGCUGGUCCUUUAGGUCCAUGGGGAUCCAUGUCUUCUGGACCUUGGGCACCAGGAAUGGGAGGGCAGUACCCUGCCCCUAAUAUGCCAUAUCCGUCUCCAGGGCCGUAUCCCACUCCUCCUCCCCAAGCCCCAGGGGCGGCACCACCUGUUCCGUGGGGCACUGUUCCACCAGGAGCCUGGGGACCACCAGCACCAUAUCCUGCCCCUGCAGGGUCAUAUCCCACACCAGGACUCUAUCCGGCUCCCAGCAACCCUUUCCAAGUGCCUUCAGGACCUUCUGGUGCUCCACCGAUGCCUGGUGGCCCCCACUCUUACCAUUAAGUUAAGAAUGGAUGGAGAGAUGAUGCUUUGCUUUUUGAAGUACGUGUAUAUACACGUGAAGGCAUCUAUAAAAACUGCGGGUCUCACUGUCUCAGAGGCGCUCAGGGAAGAACAGCUCUGGCACCUCUCAGAGAAGACAACUGCCUCUUGUACUUGGAUGUGUGCACCAGAGGGGUACAGUCAGCUGAAAACAUGGAAGUUAAUCAUUCAGAUGUGAUUUUUAUUUGGUUUUCAUGAGAAGUUAAAGUGAUCAAGUAUACUGAAUAGCUCUUUGAUACAGUUUUUAAGUUCUGAAACUACACUUACAAAUCUAAGAUUACGUGUUAGGAUCUGUAGCUCCAUUGGCAAAUUAUUUCAAGUAUUUUUCUAUAAUCACUUUCCCCUCUAAAUAAACUUUGAAAAUAAUUACAUUAUAAUCUGAACAAAUGAUCCCUCACCAUUUUGAGCUGCUUUUGUAUAGAUAAAUAAACCUGGUUCUCUUUAGUAAGUUUUAUUUUGGAUAUACAUUUUAAAACUGUCAGUAAUUGUUGUCAGAUGUUAAGUUUAAAGCCAGCCAGUGUUUAUUUUUAGCCAUAUGGGUCAUAUAGCACCAAAAUCUGCCAUUUAUGGAAACUAACUUUUAUCUUUUUAAUCCAGGCCAACAUGUAUGUAAACUUACAUUCUUAGAGAAUUGGUGAUCUCAUUGUAUUGCUUUAGACUGGAUUGUAAGAUGCACAUAUUGCUUUGAGAAGAGCUCAAGGAAGAAAAUAAUUUCUUUCCUUUGUUCUGAACCUCAAACUAGAUAAACUCUAGGAAUUGCUUUAUUGCAGCAAGUGGUUUUCAUUCCCACAAAACCUGAGGCAGCUCUUCUGCCCAAACCUAAUCCCCAACUCCUGGUUCUUUAGAAAGAGCACGUCUCUGACUCCUGCCUGAGAUAGAAAACCGGCACACUCUGUGGGUCUGUCAUAAAAAGAUACACCAGGUUAUGUUUAGGGAGCCUGGAGUCACCAGACAGGACUAUUCCCGUCGUGCAAGUGUUAGUCACAGUAUGUAUCUGUCAGAGUCUGGUUAAGCUCUGCCAUUGUCUCCUGAUGAUUUCCUGGAUCUGUCUGUAACAUGCUUAUGGCUAACAGUCCAGUUCUGUAUUUGUGGACAGGUAGAUGUGUGGUUGUUACAUGCCAUCUUUGAAAAAACUGCCCGCUAGCUCUUACAUGGAAAAUAAUACUAAACUGUAGAUCUCUGCAACUGAGUUUAAAGUGGUUGAUUGUGUUGCUUACAUAGCUCUUACCCACCACACAGCGCUGGUGUAGCUUUUUGGCACCUUAUUUUUAACUCAGAUUCUUAGAUUUGGGAUAGACCUGACCUUGUUACUUAUCAAAUAACAUUUUGAGAUUUUGAAUGUAUUCAUUUAGUUUCUAAAAUGUAUUGUGAAUUUCUCAGACCAACACAAGAGAGAUUUAUGCUGGAGCUCCUUUUCUGCUUAAAAAUGUUUAAUGGUUUGUUUCUGCUACAAUUAAAAUGUUAAUGCCAAAUGCUGCCAGUUUAAUGGUUUGAUAGCUACCUCUUUUUAAGAAAGCCAGAUGGUCGUGUUUGAAAGGGACAUUCAGUGUCUCCCUCACGUCAAGUUGAUGACAGAUUCAAACUUUAACAAUUGGGGCAGCGCUUGUAGCUCAUGGAGUAGGGCGCUGGCCCCAUAUACCGGAGGUGGCGUGUUUAAACCCAGCCUCGGCCAAAAACUGCAAACUUCAACAAUUGGCAGAAGUGGAAACUAAUUUGUUUAGAUAUUCUCAGACUGGAGAAUGCUGUUAGUGCAAAAGUAGUCUUCUUUUUUAACUUCUUUACAAAACAGGUGAUGGCUGUCUGCAGUACUCUUGGGAUCUCUUGUCAAAGUGGCCUCCAGUCUGAAAGGCAGCAAUGUGUUAAGGCUUACAUUAUCAGUCAUUAUCAAACUGCCAUUAACUGAUGGCAGCAGAGAUACCUCUCCUUAUGGUUACUUUGGCUGUCCUAUGUUGAGAUAAGUUGACAACUCUGGCUUUAGAUGAAAUAGUUAAUGUAACACUAGAGAGGGUAUAGUUUAACUCAAAGAAGAAGAGGUAGCAAGUUUGGGAAUCUGUGAUUGUGGAGCCCAUCGAUUGUAGGAGAGACUGUCGGUAAAGGAUUUGAAGGGCCAUCCAUGAACACAGACUUGCAGGGCUCACUGCUGUAGUAAGUGCUACUGCCGGUGCCCGGCCUGCCUGAGUGACACUUGACAGCUUAACUCUGGGCUUUCAGGGACUUUAUGACUGGGAUUUGGGAGGAUUUUUUUUUUUUUUUAUGUAAGAAUGGAAAUCAAAGGGAUAAUACAAUUUGCCUUUAUAUUCUUGUUAUUUUUGAAAAGCACCAUUUCUCCAAUUGGGGAGGGGUCCUCAAUUCUUGUGAGCACUUUGAGCCAAAAAUACUUUUAAGUUCAAUGUGGAGUUAAAAAGGCAGAAGUUUCAGUGGAAGAAUGAGGGGAGCUUCCAGGAAGAUUUUUUUGCCUCUUCACAAGGAAAUAAUGUUGGCUUUCAAGACAAGUCAUGUUAGGCUGACACUGACGUAUGGAAAAAGGCUGCUUGUUAGCAAAAAAAAUUGAGACAGAGUCUUAUUUUGUCAUCCUCGGUAGAGUGCUGUGGUCUCAUAGCUCAGAGCAACCUCAAACUCUUAGGCUCAAGCAAUUCUCUUGCCUCAGCCUGCCUCGUAGCUGGGACUAUAGGUGCCCACCACUAUGCCCAGCUAUGGUUGUUUGUUUGCUUGUUUAGCAGGCCUGGGCUGGGUUCAAACCCACCAGCCCUGGAGCAUGUGGCAGGGGCCCUAACCACUGAGCUACGGGCACCCAGCUGAGCAAAUGCUUUUUGGUCUGAAGGGAUUACAAAUUAUGGGAUGCUGACAUUUGGGCUUCAGAAUAAAAAUUUUUAAAUAAAUUUAAUGGAGAUAGUUGAGAUGUGUUCAAGAAUAAUGUUUCUAGAGUGGGAAUCUUAGGUUUUGAAAUGUUAAACCCAGAAAUGGCAGUGAAAAAUUAAAACCUGGACCUUAGAUCCCCAUUCACACACAGUCCUCAAGGGUCACGUGAAAGCUCCAGAUGCCUCGACUGGUCCGUCCCGACUGCGUCCUCGCCACCUCGUGCUCUGAAGACACUAUAACAGCUCUGCUCCACAGUCCUGGUUUUUUUUGUUGCUGUUGUUGUGUUAAAUCAUAGCUGUGUACAUUAGUGCAAUCAAGGGGUACAAUGUGCUUGUUUCAUAUACAAUCUGAAAUAUUCACAGUCCUGUUUUGUAUAAAGUAAUAUAUUGAUUAUUCAGGAGUAGACAAGACAUUUUUAGUUACCCAAGAACUUUUCUUCUUUGUCCUUUUGCUGAUUGUCUUCAGUAGACGUGGUUAGAGGGCAAAGCAGCACAGGGUGAGUGUUCAGUCUCAGUCACCACUGCAAUGCAAUAUCAGAAUGUUUUCCAGAAGAGGUCACUGCCCAUAAUGUAUUACCUCACAGGUAGUUAGUGCUACCUAUUGUACUAAAAUUUACAGCAGCUGAAACUGUGUGUAUGAAAGUAGCUACAGAGUUUUCAUUAAAAGACUUGGAGUUCAUUGGUCAUUUACCUUCACUUCUAGACAGUCAGCGCCAGCGUCUCCCUCCUCACACUGAUUGAGGGCUGGCUUUGUGCACUGCCAGGGUUACCAGGUGUGAGCACAGCCCUUCAAGUGUCAACGUCUUGGAAAAUCAUAAGCCUAAAUUCAGAUGAGUCCCACUGACACGUUGUGGCAGAUGGCUUUCAGAGAAGAUUAAUCUUAAUAAAGCAAUAUUUAAUAUUGAAGACAGACACUAUUCUUUUUAGUUUCAGAAUUCUGCCAAGUAAAACAAAACUUGCCAAUAAAAUAAUAAGUAAUUUUAAAAGGCCAUGCAAACUUCUGACUACAGAAUACAUGGGAAGCACCACCCAGUGAACAAGUCAGCCCCUGGCCCAGGUGCUCUGCCAGGUGCCAGAGAAUCCUGUCCAAUGGGGCUCCCAGAGCAGGGCCGGCAGGAGUCACUACAGAACCAGCCUUUGGUCAUUUCAAAGGGCAAUGUGUGGUUUACCUUUUUUAUUAACUAAGAAAUUACUGUUUCUAAGAUGGUCGCAUUGAUCAGUGCAGCUCUCCCCAUGCACAAAGUACCGGGCUGUUUUCCUCUUCACCUUACCCUGGACACAGGCAUUUUCUCUGCCUGUCACUAGUCAACAGAUUCUGAUUUGUUGCCAUUAACUAAACUUGAGUCCUAUGUGUGCUCUGUAAAGAUUUUUUGUAAUUUUUUCUUGAAAUUGUGAUUGUUUUCAUUGACAAUAAUGACAAAUUUAAUGUAUGUAAUUGUCUAUGCAUUUUAAGUUAAACUGCCUAAAAUGUGAUUUGAGACAUACACUUGUUUGUGUUAGGAACUGUAAGCGAUCUGUUUGAGAUGUUAGGUUAUCCCACCUGCUGCUGUGUUUAUAAACAAAGACAAAUGUUGCUUUAAGAAGUAAUUACAAUUAGGAAUUGGCUAUGGAUGUGAUACUUGAUAUUUUUUAAGAUAAACUUGUUUGCUUUUGUGUAUUGUACCAGAAAACUUUUUUUUUUUUAAUGUAUUUUGACGGUUUCACAG